AUGGUGGAGCUUUCACCUGCCGACAGAGAGUACUGUCGAGACAUCACGCUGAACGUGCUCGACCGCACACUGCACGACUACGCGGACACGGCGUCAUGGGCCUCGGGUGGCAGCAUCAGUCGCUCUGACGUGGAGCACGACGGAUGGAUGAGGCUUCGCUCUCAGGACAACGUGUCGAUGUACGCAGAGAGAGCUGCUGACUUAUCGUGGGUGUCGUCGAUGAGGGGAGACGUCCUGUACGGCCUGGCGGUGUCUGAUCCUGCGGAGUUCAAGCUUCGAGCUGUGCUGAUGGACCAGAAAGUCGAAGACGACGUCGAAGUUGCAGCGUUAACGGUCCCUUCCGAGAGGGAACCGUUCCAAUUCAUGGGCGUAACCCGCUAUACAAUCAGCCACGGAUGCUUGAAUCGGCCUCAGGAGUACGUGCUCGUGACGGCUACUGGAGAGGUCUUCACGUCCUGUGGGGAGCACCUCGGGUACGAGAUCACCCAGUCCGUGUCCAUGUCUCGAUGGCCAGUGAAUGGCUCAGCGGUGAGGAAGCAGGUGCUCCAAGCCCGCGUGUUGAGGGAGCUCCCGGACGGCUCCGUCGGCGUCUACUGCAAAAUUGUCGUGGAUUCCAGGAAUUUCAUGCCGGAUACCGUCGUCCAGGCUUCAUUG